CUUCAGUGCCUGGUUGGCUGCGUGAGUGGUAGGUCGCGCGAGUGCCAGUGUCAGUUAGUGAUCCCAGUGCGUCUCGCUCACAACACCUCCCCAAGCCUCUCCACCGCCUUCGCCGUCCGCUACAGCACACGACGCCAGCUGGGUGCUCAGCACACGUCCUUCGAGCAGCGGGAGCACAGCAGGGGAUCGCUUACGGGUGGCGUGGGUGUCUGAUGCCGGGGGUGUGAACAGCUGUGUAGCGGGGAGCCUCACCAGGCUCUCUACCUCAGACCUGAGGUUUUAGAAAUUUGCAAGAGGUGCUUAACUAAAUUUUGGCUUCGUAAUAGAGCUUCAAUAACAAGGGAGGUGUGUAGCUUCUGCGAGGAGUAAAGGUGGUUGAGGUGAGCCAGUGCACUAGGAGACGUAACAAACACACACAGCCAUGGGCAAGCAGAACAGUAAGCUGAAGCCUGAGGUGCUGGAGGACCUCCGCUCCAACACAGAGUUCACAGACUCAGAAAUCCAAGAAUGGUACAAAGGAUUCCUGAAGGACUGUCCAACUGGACACCUCUCUGUUGAGGAAUUCAAGAAGAUUUAUGGGAACUUUUUCCCAUAUGGUGAUGCCUCAAAGCAGUUCGCUGAGCAUGUGUUCCGGACCUUCGACGCCAACGGAGAUGGAACCAUAGACUUUCGGGAGUUUCUGUGUGCCCUCUCUGUCACAUCCAGAGGCAAGCUGGAGCAGAAGCUGAGGUGGGCUUUCUCCAUGUAUGAUCUGGAUGGCAAUGGUUACAUCAGCAGGCAGGAGAUGCUGGAAAUUGUUACGGCAAUUUACAAGAUGGUUGGGUCUGUGAUGAAGAUGCCAGAAGAUGAGAGCACUCCAGAGAAACGCACAGACAAAAUUUUCCGUCAGAUGGACAAGAACAAGGAUGGCAAGCUCAGUCUUGAGGAGUUCAUCGAAGGGGCCAAGAGUGACCCCUCCAUCGUGCGCUUGCUGCAGUGCGACCCUCAGUCCGCUCAGUGACCUUCCUGAACCUAACUUGACCUAUGUUAAUCAAUCUUAGAUAUUUGAUAAACCAACUUUAACCCAGAGUAAUGAGUCUUGGCCCAUAAUAACAUCCCUUGUUCUCUUUAAGAUUCCUUAUUAACAAUUAACCCAUCUUGUCUUAUCACUUCCUGCCACAGACUUAACAGUAGCCUCAUUUAUAUUCUGUAUAAACUUCCAGGAACCCCUCAAGAACCCCCUUCCCCCCUCCCUUACCUCUCCAAGCAUUCCGGAAUCCUGCACUUAACGCCUUCCUUUCUCUACGUACCCGAAGCAUCGGCAUUUUCCUCGUCCAAAUAAGAUUCUCUGUUUUAUAGGUCAGACACUGUCCCCCACACUCCCAGCUUCACUUGACUCUUGAAAAGCAUCCCUCUCUCCUUUCAUCCUCAUCCUUGGCUAGCCCCUGGAGGGUUCUAAGGACUAGGUGCUUGCGGCCAGCUGUGCCGUCACCUCACUGUCAUGAGAUGCCGACCUCUAGCCAUGUGUCUUGUUUGUGUUAAGCUGCGAUUGGCUGAUGAAACCUGCAAAAGGAAAUUUUAAUUUUCAGGGCUGUUUUUGUUUCUAAGUAUUAGGUAUGGGACUAAAAUCCUAGGGAUGUAACUUUUGUAAUGAAGCUGGGGCAAUGUGGGUUUUGUGGGUUGUGUGGAGUGAACGAUUGUACAGAGCAGGAUAUUAAAGUCUCCUGCCAAGCCCCUCUGUAUGUAAUGUGUGUUACCUGCACAAAGAAUUCCUUGUUUGGUGCUCACCUGUCAGAGUCAGAAUAAGUAAAGAGCAAAGGUGUAGCAACAUAUAGGGUUUGUAAUUUUUCAACGAUCCCAAUUGUACUUAAUAGCGGAGAGUUGACUUUCCUCUGUCGGAUGUUCUGAGUCAUUCUACAUACCAGUUCCAUGUAUUCCAUUUCUAUUUUUUAUUUACAUUUUGUCAAUUGCAUGUUUAUGCUGGCAGAUGUUUGAUUUUCCCAUAUUCCAUGAAUAUAUCCUGAUCAUCAUAAUAGAACCACAAGGUAAUUUUAAUUUGAUGUUGAUAUUGAUGUUCAUGAUUUUUGGCUUUGACACUUUCAAGUUUGAGGAAUUUGCAGAUUUUAAAUAAAAUAAGAAGAAGACAACUGCAUAUAUGUGUCUGAUCACUCUAUAACAUCAUUGUAGACUUCUCUAAGGUAAUGAAUAGAAGAGUGAAAAGUAACAGUCACUUUUGUCCUAGGAAUGAUUGAACAGUUAUUUCACACAUUAUUGAUGCUGUAUACUUAAGCAGAUGAAUCCAAGCACUGUUGAGGUUGUAGGAGAAUGUGAAACAUAUGGCUAUUUGUAUCCAUUAAAAUAACAUGUUUUAUGAUGGAGACACAGUAUUAAUUGUUGAUUUUCUAUGGCUAAAGUAAUUGUUGUAGGAAGUGUUCAUACAUACGUAGUUGUCGGAUUCCACAAAAUUUUAUUGUUACCAUUGCAAUAUUGUUAACCUCUACAUUUGUAUGGAAUGAGAUUAUCUUACAUAAUAGUAGAAUAAUUAACUUAAUGGUGUAAAGAAAAUUGUGCUAUUAUAAUGAAUUUUCAGCUUAGGGAUGCAGCAUGGAUAUGGGAGCUGCCAGAAAGCUACGCUUCUUGAUAUGAAUGUGGUCGAGUUUUCCCAGCCUUUGCAAUCAGUGUGUAUUCAACUACUGCUCUUCUUCAUCUUUGUGCCAAAGUGUCAUGAGGAUUUAUUUAAUUUUUCUGAUAAUAAAGUGUUAGCAUGUUCCACUGGUGAUGCUCAUAAGGGGAAAUCGGUGGGGCUCUUAUCCUUCCAUCUCUUGUGGGGGUUGGAAGAUGACAGGGACCUUUUGUAACAAGAUAAGGGGUUGACUGUACUGUUGUCUGUUCAGCUCCUCUUGUGGUUCGUAUGGUUCUGCUGCAUUAUCUUCCUUGCACCCACACUGUUCAGCCUGCUUCUCUUAUGUUAGUCCUAAUUUUAUUUCUUUUUAUUUCUUAUCACGAGUGCUAUUUUAAAGUAUGGGUACCUCUCAUUUUCCAGUUGAUUACCUUUAAUUCAUAUGGAGACGUUUCAGACAUCCCUAAUUAUUGUGUGCACAAAAUAUGUUGCUUGACCACCACUUUUGUGCCCAUGCUUGGGUGAUCAUUUGGGGUAUUUAGCAUUAGUUCUUCAUCAAAAAGUAUUCAUAAUAAAUUUUUUGUGGGCUGAAAUUGCUGAUCAUUUUGCAUGAUUUUUUUUAAGCUGUGGAUCAUCACUAGGAACAAUGGCAUUGAAUAAAUUCACUUGUUAUUAUUACCAGAAUUUUUCUGUCUUGUUCUCACAACUUUAUUAGUAGCUGUGGGAAUGACACAUUAUAUGUAUUUUAAUAAAAUGUUGCAAACUUGACUAGGCAUGUCUUGAUCAUUGUGAUUAGGGGCUUUAUCCUCAAUUCCCAGAUAAGUGCAAGUGGAUUUAAACUUGGAAAACUCCAUCAUGUACAGUUUGCAACAUGUUUUUUUUAUGAAAAUUCCUCGAUUUACCACUUGUGUGUCCUGAAUGUGAAUUUGUCUGUGAAAACAAUCAUAUUUGAUAAUUCUGGCAUAAUGACCAGGCAUAAAAUUUAUAUCUAUUUUGGUAAGCCAUCAACAUGUGUGCUGCAUAAUGUCUGAGUGUCUUUCUGUGAUUGCCACUGUUGUGUUAUCUGAUGACGCUUGAUGACUGUGCUGUACUCCAAGUCAGGUCUCUAUUUAUUGGUACUUCUGCCAGUUCUUGUUGACUAGGGGCCCGCCAUAAUCUACCCCCUAUCACAAACUGCUUCGAAGUUUAAAGCGUCAUCAUUCGAGCUGUAUUGUUUCAACUUUUUGCCAUGGUACAUUGCUAGGAAGACCACCACUCACCACCACCAUUCACAUACACAUGUUCCUCCUUGCUGUCACAAGGGGUUGGGUGGGGGAAGAAUGGUGGUUGUGAGAUAUGUGCAGUUUCAACAUAUUUUGGAGGAACUUCUUAUACAGAAUUGUGAUUUAUCUCCAUCCUUAGUAUUUUUGAUCCACGUAAGAUUUGCACAUCAUAAUUUUAUACCAAUAUACAUUGCAUUAAGGUCUGGUGCAUACCCUUGAAGUAAAUUUGGCUAUUCAGUGCCUGCCUAGUAUACCUGUACUUCAACCAAAUCAGGUUGCAUAUUAAGGACUGCUGGAAUAAUGAGCCAAAUUUUGUCUUUUUCAUCGCAUGGUUUCUGUAUAGAAUGAAAUUGUACAUGUACUGUUAUCAGAAAGGUGGUUCGUGUAGACUGAAAUUAAAGCAUGGUCUUAGUGGCUAUGGAUUAGUAUUAUGCUGCAACAAUCCUUUUAAGAUUUUGUCCUUAUCCUCUGAGAAUUAUGAAAUAUUUGAAUUAAGGAUUGAAAUUAAUAAGAUGCCUCAGAAGCCCAAUUAUGGAACAUAUUAAUAAGUUAUGAUUUAUCACUGAAUUUGAUAAUUAUAUUUUUUGUUAGUAUUAUGAUACCUAUACACUAUAAAGAUAUGGAAUUGUAACGGUGAAAAUAAUCCUAAGGAUCAAACUUGAAAGGAUUUAAAUACCAAAUGCCAUAGCCAUUAUAGCCAAAGCUGAAUCACAGUCCUACACUCGUGCACACUCAAGAACCAAAGUUGAUGUUUUGUCUUGUUUCCUUCUUGUUGUAUUUUCCUGUGAGACGGAGUAUCAAAUAAAAGUACAGCAACAAGAA